AUGGAUACAGUUGGACGUGCAGGACGCAUCCGUACGCAUUACACCGACUGCUGAAAAAAGAAACGAACGAAAGGGAUAUUUAUUUGUAUAUACACGGCUUUGUUAUAACACCGCUGCGCUAAAUGGAUUCCGGGUGUUUCACUGCAGCACAGCGUAUUUCGUGUCACACCAUGAAUGCGGAUUUAUUAAAGCCUGUUCCGGAACGUGGACCCCGAAAGUCCUGCGCCUCGGUGAAAACCAACAGGAAUAAAAGCGACCAAACCAAACCAGAGCUGGCCCAAGUGGUAACAGACUCCAAAACAGGAAGAUCCUACAGUAAAGGGAAGCUUCUGGGAAAGGGCGGCUUCGCUCGAUGCUAUGAGAUGACAGACCUCUCUAACAACAAAAUGUAUGCUGUGAAGGUGAUCCCACAGAGCAGAGUGUCCAAACCGCACCAGAGGGACAAGAUCACCAAUGAGAUUGAGCUGCACAAAACCCUGUCACACAAGCAUGUGGUGAAAUUCUGUCAUCAUUUUGAAGACCAGGAAAACAUCUACAUUUUCCUUGAGCUGUGCAGUCGAAAGUCCCUGGCACACAUUUGGAAGGCAAGACACACAUUCACAGAGCCAGAAGUGCGUUAUUACCUCAGACAGAUCAUAUCCGGCCUCAAGUACCUGCACAGCAGAGGAAUCCUGCACAGAGACCUCAAACUAGGCAACUUCUUUAUCAAUGAGAACAUGGAGCUGCGGCUGGGAGACUUCGGCCUUGCUGCAAAGCUGGAGACAGUGGAGCAGAGGAAAAAAACAAUCUGUGGCACUCCCAACUACUUGGCACCAGAGGUGCUCAACAGACAAGGCCACGGCACAGAGUCUGACGUGUGGUCGCUUGGAUGUGUGAUGUACACGUUAAUGUGCGGAAACCCUCCUUUUGAAACUCUUGAUCUAAAGGAGACCUACAAGUGUAUAAAGGAAGUUCGGUACAACUUGCCAUCCUCUCUUUCCCCCGCUGCACAGAAACUCAUCUCAGGCAUCCUGCAGAAAAACCCCAGUGACAGACUCUCACUGGAUCAAAUCCUCAACCAUGAAUUCUUCACCAAAGGUUUCACUCCUGAUAAGCUUCCUCCCAGCAGCUGUGUGAUGGUGCCAGAGCUCCAUCCCCCCAGCCCUGCCAAGAAAUUCUUCACUAAAAUGGCUAAGAGCCUCUUUGGGAAGAAGAAAGCAAAAGUCGAGAAAAUUCCAUGCGAGGAAAAAGAUGACAAAGACAUUUCCAAGCUGGUUUCUGGUAUCGUUAAAUGUUCCAUCAACCGGCAGAUCAGCUACAAGACUGUGGGACCCAACGAGGUUCCCUCUCCCACUGGUCAGCUGGUCAGCUCUGUACCUCUAGAACAGACCCCUGCUGAGGAGGAAUCAAGGAAGUCCAUCUCCCGCUCAUUCAAGGGCACUAUGGCAAGCAGCACUGAACCGUGUGAGGACGCCCUGACCCCUGCAGCUGUCGCUGAAUCAGCCAUGAAAGUUCUCAACAGCUGCCUAGCCACCAUGCCUGCAGCCACCAGAAACCCACCCUGUUUGUCCAGGCCUCAGUCCUUCCUGUGGGUCACCAAAUGGGUGGACUACUCAAACAAAUAUGGCUUUGGCUAUCAGCUGUCAAACCAAAGCAUUGGUGUGCUCUUCAAUGAGGGAACACAUCUCAGUCUUUGUAACCAACGCAAGACAGUCCACUACUGCUUAACCAACAAUAAACACUUCAGUUUCUGUGCCAACUCUCUACCUGAGCAGCUUCGCAGCCAGAAACAAAUAGUUGAGCUCAUGGCAAACUACAUGGAGCAAAACCUUAUGGAGGGUGGAGAUCUUCAGUGUGAAGAGCAAGUCUCAAGUUCUCCUCCUCUGCUGCUCCAGUGGGUGAAGACUGACCACGCUCUUGUCAUGCUUUUCAACAACGGCACCCUACAGGUGAACUUCUACACCGACCACACAAAGAUCAUCCUGUGCAAGUCAUCCGACGACUCGUACCUGCUCACUUACAUCAGCAGGGAGCGCGUCUCGUACACUUACCUCCUCAGCAUGCUGGCUGAGAUGGGCUGCACCUCGGAGCUCAGACACCGACUACGAUAUGUGGUCCAGCUGCUCCAACACCAUGCAGAUGCCUGAGAGCACCGCUUAGUGCCUCCCAGGCUGCCUGAGUGGCAGAUGCCUUCGAGGCACCCAGACUGGUUAACACCACUUCUUAGGCAGCCUGACUGUUUGAUCAAAUUCCUCAAGGCAGUGCCGGGAGGAAGGAUGGAAGGAUGCUCGGAGGAGUGGAGUAAAUAUCCUUUCCUGUACUGGUGCUCAGGCAGCUGUUUAUCACACGGAUUGACCUUGAUAAUCAUCAAGCAGUCAGGAAGUUGCCCACAAGCAGCAUCUGCCUCAAGGAUUAGUGCCUGCCCAGCUCAUGCCUCAAAGGUGUUCACCUGGAAGGUAUUGAUACCUAUAAUAAGAGACUCCUACUUGGCUUGAAAUGAUGGAUCCCUCACAGGCAGAUGCCUAAAUAAACACCACAACUCCUGAUCCCCUUCCUCUCACUCAGAACCAAUGCUUCUUGGCUUUGAGAGACAGCACCCAACCCUGCAACUCCCACUUCCCCAUCACGGCCAAUAACCCAGGCAUGGUCUCCCAAAAGGUAUCUAAACACUAAAGUUGUCCUUUUUUGCUUGCAACGGAACAAGGACAAUCUUGUAGCUGGAAUGCUUUUAGGCUAUUUUUUUUUUUUUUUUUUUUUUCCAAAAGUGUUUUAGCAGCAAGGUCGAUUAACAGCGUUGACUUGCACUGGAACUGUGGUCUUACGGCGGAGAUGCUUUGGGAAAGCUGUGGUGUGGUUAGAUUGAAAGACCCUCCUACCCUCUGUUGGUUCCUGGCCUCUUUGGACUACAGCGCACAUGUUCUUUUUGUCCUUUUCAUUUUAAAGAAGAAAUACUGAGCCAGCUUAAGGAUCACACUACAGUCUUGACCUCACAUGCACAAAUAACAUUCCUGGCCUUAUUUGAGGAAAGUGAUGAGAAGGUUCGCUGCUUCGGCUCAAAAAUCACUUUCGUCUGUUUUUGUUAAUCGUCAGAGAGAAAGUUUUCACCAACGUGGUACACAGCAUGUUAAAAGGGGCUAUGGGAGCAACACAGUAUUGCACUCUAUAAUUUGUUUUUUGUAAAUUUGUCUGGAAAGUGAAGCCUUUUACAAACACUUGUUAUAUUUUAUUUGUUUUUAACCAGAUACCAAAAGGCAUUUUCUUUGUUGGUUUUUAAAAAGAUUCAGUUUUAAAUUCACAUACAGAAGGUGAGUGUGCCACACGUGCUUGUAAACAAACUGUUGGUAGUGAAAUGAGGGUGGGAGGGGGGGAUAAAAGUGCCUUUCUGAGGGAUGUCUGUAUAGUGCAAUAACAACCCUUCGUGAAUGUCGAGCUGGAUACAAACAGGGGUGGCUUUUAAAGAUGGGGUUUACUUUGUACUUUGAGCCAAGUUUGAAAGUAAGUCCAAUAGCACUACACUCUCACUACCUGAUAUAAGCUUUUAGAAUAACUGGUAUCAUAAAUAUAUCCCAGUAAUAUCUAUAAAAAGAAAACAUUGUACGCUGUUGUACUAUACUGUAAUCCUUAUCGGUUUACAUUGCUUUCUCGACCCAGAGUUGUAUCCUAAAAACUGUGACCUGGAAUGCAAGUAUUACGUACAUUUGUUUUCAGAAAAACCCAACAUUGUGAAAGCCAUCUGCCAAUUAAGAAGAGUCUUUAUUUUUUGGCACAUAAUGUCCUGUUUAUUUAUUUUUUAUUUAUACAUGUUUUUUUAUUUAUUGUGUAAAUGUUAGUCUUGACACAAGGAAAUGUUCGAUUCCAAUCACCUUUUCUAUGUAACAUGUUUGGGGGAAAUGGGACAAAAAUAAAGUUUAUUGAAAAUGAA